UAUGUGUGCUGUGGCCGGCUAAAGACCCCUGGGCCUGGAUUCUGAUUUCUGCGAGAGUUGUAUUUGAAGACAGAAGACUGAGUCACUGAGCUUGUCGGUGUGGAACUAAGUUUGUGGCUCGCAAGAGUCUGCUUUUCCUGUCCAUUCAAGGGCAUUGUUGGGGGUCCUAAGAUUAGUGUUGCACUGAGGCCAGUCGGUAAAGCAGUGAGGCCUCAUGGACCCUGCUAGACGUGGGAAGCUUUGCCACAGAGGAUGUAUGAGCUGACCCGGUGACUUUCUCCAGUAAAUUCCUAGAUCUGACCUCUCACAGCCAUGGGGGAUUGGAACCUGCUGGGAAAGCUCCUGGAAAAAGCCCAGGAGCACUCCACCGUCGUGGGGAAGGUGUGGCUCACUGUCCUGUUCAUCUUCCGCAUCCUGAUCCUGAGUGCUGCGACAGAGAAGGUGUGGGGCGACGAGCAGUCGGGCUUCACCUGCGACACCAAGCAGCCCGGUUGCGAGAACGUAUGCUAUGACAUCACUUUCCCCAUAUCUCACGUCCGGUUCUGGGUGCUGCAGAUAAUCUUUGUAUCCACACCGACUCUGAUAUACCUGGGGCACAUUCUCCAUCUAGUCCGGAUGGAGGAAAAGCAGAAGGAGAAAGAAAAGGAGAGAGAAAAGGAGCACAGUCAUCAAUCAGACAAACAGACUCUCAUUGUGGAUGUGAAGCACAAGAAGGCUCUGAUAAGAGACAAUAAGGGACGAGUCCGCCUGCAGGGGGAGCUUUUGCGGACAUAUGUCUUCAAUGUGAUCUUCAAGACGCUGUUUGAGGUGGGCUUCAUCGUGGCCCAGUACUUUUUGUACGGCUUUGAGCUCAAACCCAUGUACACAUGUGACAGACCCCCCUGCCCCAAUGUGGUUAACUGCUACAUAUCCCGCCCCACAGAGAAAACCAUCUUCAUCAUCUUUAUGCUUGGAGUGGCCUCUGUGUCUCUGUUCCUCAACCUCAUAGAGAUCUACCAUCUGGGUUUCACCAAGUGCAGCCAGGGCAUCACCUUCAGGAGGCGCAACCAGUCCAAUGGGAAUAUCUCCAAGGAGCCUGGCGAGACUGCAGUGCCAUUUGCCCCAAGUUACGAUGACUACUUCCACGAGCACCGCCAAGUCCAGCCAGCUUACCCACCAGUGCCGUGCUACACCGCGGCCACAGACUCGUCCUUCCACCCCUACCACAGCAAGGCAGCCUACAAACAGAACAAGGACAACUUGGCGGUGGAGAGGAGCAGCAGCAGCAAGCCAGAGGAAUGUGACCUGAAAGGAAAGAAGGGAGCAGGAUCUGCCCCUGGGUCACCUACGCAGGCCAGGCCUGGCCACAGUGCCAAACACAGCAACAACAAGACUAGAAUAGACGAUCUGAAGAUAUGAGGAGGUUUAUGUUUCUCUGAGGGGUCUUAAAAUGUGCAAGGGGAUCAUAUGUUGCUUGGAAGUGUUCAUACAUGCCAAACUGACUCCCCUCUUCAAGAUGGCACUGCUUUGACUCAUUCCAGCUUAGAGGGGAGUAGUAUUUACAGGGCACAGAGAGAAGCCUGAAAUGGAACCACAAAAAAACAGCAACAACAUUUCUGAUAAACUUUCACAAUAAAAGAAAUUCUGCUUCUUUAUAUGUGGAGAAACAAAGUUGGAUCUCACUUCAGACUGUAGCAUUAAAUGUUAGAUACUAGUCUGUCGCUGCGGCAACAGACUAGUUUUUGUAUCUGUGUUUUCUAAGUUGUGUUGACUGGUAUGAAUCUUUCCACCAUUCAGAGAGGGUCUGCUCAGGUUUACAGUGAGCUCGUCUUUAUUUUUCUCAACGUGUGAAACAUCUAGAAUUCAGGGCUGGAACUUGCACAGCACUGACCUGACCUCAUUCGUGGAAAUCAGAUAGGGAGAAAAGUUAAAUUUAACUCCCUUUAAAUGUUUUGAGGUCAUCAUCUAGCAUAGUUCACUUGCUUAGACUUGAAGUAAAGAGUUGUGCAAUACCUGACAAUUUAUUGGAGGCUUGAACUGCUGUUACUAAUUCCAGAGUGCGCCUCAAAAACAGAUAUUGCACGGGUCUCAGGAGUUCCCACAUUUUUACUGUCUCUUUCCUUUUUUUUUUUUUAUUGAGGCAGCCAGAAAGUAGGUAAUGAAAAGCAUGUCGAUUGGUUUAUUCUUGUUCAUGUCUGGAUUUGUGGCGUUUGUUUGCUUUGAAGCACUUGAUGACAACCUUGUUUGCAAAUCUGCUUGAAAUAAAUUGUCUUAAA